CUUCUCCUCUUCUUAAAUCCUGCGAAACAUUAGAAAAAAGAGUUACAGUGCGACACUGAAGUUCCCGCCGUUAUCAAUGGCGACGUCAACACCGUACGGCAUCAAACUCGCCGUUCACUUAAUCGUUAAUGACUUCGGAAAUAUCGUCUCUAAAGUAUGUGAAUGCUUACUAAGAAGAGGAACCCUAAGUAAAGCCCUAAUUUGUCGAUUUACUGACCUUCCUCAAGACAAAGUUAAGAAAAGUUUAUGGGUUUUAAUUCAGCAUAAUUGCGUUCAAGCCUUCGCCCUUGAACAAGAAGGUGGUGGCAGAGAUACUACUGUGGUAGUGACACAGUAUAUGGUGUUGUUCAACAAUAUUAUUCAUCGUUUGCGGUUUUCGAAGUUCGCGACUUUAGCCACAAAUGAUCUUGAUAAAGAAGUUUUCGAGAUUCUCGAAGGGUUGUUGCAGCAUGGUAGACUUACUCUCACACAAAUCCUGGAUAGAGCUCUUGAUAGUCAUAGUGGAGGAAGUAAAGAUACUCAUCGAGAAACCUUCAUUAAACUUGUUCAGAAUCGCUUCGUGGAACGGUGCCCUGCAGUAGAGCCAUUAAUUGCUUUACCAACCGAUGGAGAAACGCCUGCUAAGAAAGGAGGUGGGAGGUCUAAGAAAUCUAAGAAAGAAGUGACCCUGGAAGAACGCGCUUUGGCUGCUGCAAUUCCCAUGGAUGCCGAAAGAUUUUCCAUCACAUCUGACGACGGAAUAGAUUCUGAUGAAGAAAAAAAAGAGAAACUUUCAGGCCUGAAAGUUGGAGAGAAGCGGAAGCAACGUAAAGUGGAGUGGGAUAGUGAGCUUGAUAUUAUGGGGGGCAAGAAAGAACCAGUAUGGCGAGUAAACUUUGAUGAAUUUAUAAAUCGUCUACGGAUAAAGGCCUGCGUUGAGUAUGCUAGAGCAGAGUACGACAAUGCUGCGGCAGUGAUAUUGGGUUCCAUGUUGGAAGGGACUAAACGCACAGAGAGUGAAGUGUCAUUGUCUCUGGAUUCAAUUUUCGAGGAGGUCAUUAAGAGCAAAGAAGGUCUCACGAUGAACUUGGAGCGUGUUAGAUCUUCUCUUGAACAACUGGACUUUUGUUCUGAAGUAGAUGAUACGUACAGCGUUAAUCUGAAGGACAUAAUUCAGAAAGCCCAGUUAGAAGAGGUGGAAUCUAUUGUGAAAAAGCGGUAUGGGAUAGAGGCUUUUAGGAUGUUCAGGUCAUUAUCAAACGGUCGUCCACUGGAUACUGAUAAGAUUUCGGAUCGGACCUUUGUGGACAAGAAAAUUACACCACAAAUUCUGUAUAAGCUUUGGAAGGAUAAUUAUAUACAAAUGGAGAAAGUAACAACUGGAGGUCCAAGACAGACAGAUUUCUUUUUGUGGAGAAUAAAGAAAGACAAUCUCUGGCAUCAAAUAUUGGAUGAGCUGUACCAUGCUGCACUUAAUUUGUCCCUGCGAUAUGUUCAUGAGGUCGAUCAAGAUCGAGAGAUCCUGAAUUUAUCCGCAGAGAAAGCGCCUCCGGAGGUAGUGAAGAGGAAAGAACGUCUGAAAAAAGUGAGGAUUCUCCUGGAUUCGUCCUUAAUGAAGCUAGAUGAUGCCAUUAUGCUCUUUCACGACUUCUUAUGAGCUCUUCUUAGUGAAUUAGUUCAUAGGGGUAUACUUACUAGGCAACUGAUGCGUAUGUAGCAUCAAAAUGCACAAUAAUAGUUAUGUUAGGACAUCUAUGUAGUAUUCUAGUUCUGUUAGAAAACUAUGUAGUUUAAUUGUUUUUUUAUUACUAUAAUUUGAGUGUUUAAGUGAUAAAGGAAUCCUAUUAUACUUAGGAGUCUAAUUCCUUAUCAUUGAAUAAUAAUUAUUAAUUAUAUUAGGCGUGUGAUAUAGUUAGGUUUUAGUUUGUUAUUUGUCUUUAUCCUUAAGAUAAAGAUAGAUAAGUUUGUUAUUUGUUAUCUUUAAGCUUUACUAGUUAUCGUUAAGUUAGGACUCUUGUAGUAUAAAUAGGCUAUUUCGGCCAUCAUAAUAAAGUGUGUGUUGUUUUUGAAGUUUAA